ACGGUAAAUAGUGAUUUAAGGUGAAUUUAUAAAGAUGCCUCGUAGGAUAUCUAAUGCUGUUCACAGAUAUUUUGAUUUUGACAAAAGUGCAAAAUUCAGCGCAUGCAAGGAAUGUGGCAAUAAAAUGAAGGGUAACCACGCGAGCAACUUAUUAAACCAUCUGCGAUUAAAACAUGAAACGAAGUAUCAAGAGGUAUUGGCUAUCAAUGAAAAUACAAGUAGAGUGGAUAAAUUAAAACCAAAUAAAAACAGAAAAGACGAGGAAAAGGAAAAAAAGCGCGAAAGAUUAUUGCAGUGUUGUGUGAAACUGAUAGCAAUACAUGGACGACCAUUUUCAUUGCUUGAAGACAACGCAUUUAAAGAAAUAAAAGCUUUGAUAUGUGCUGAUUUUGUGGAGGAAGCGAACUGCAAAAAAAUUAAAACAUUAAUUGCAGAAAAAGCCAACACAAUAAAAGAAAAAAUAGUAACUGAAGUGGCUCAAACUCUUAUAUCUGUGAAGAUGGACUCAGCCACGUGUAUGGAUCGUCAAUUUGUUGGUAUAAACAUUCAGUAUAUAAAAAAUUCGAAAAUUGUGGUACGAAAUUUGGCUAUUAAAGAAAUAUUCUGUAGUCAAACUUCAGAAAAUUUGAAAUGUACCCUCCUAGAAGUACUAGCUGAUUUUCGAAUUGAUUUAUAUAAUAUUUACUCGUUAACGACUGAUAAUGGUGCAAAUUACUUAAAAAUUUCAAAACUUUUAAAUGAAGAGAUAAAUAAUGACAACGAAACUGGUACAGAAAAUGAUGGCGAUGAAGAUGAAGACGAACUAGUUUAUCACAGUGAUGAUUACGCAUACAGUCUAGAACAUUUCAAUGCAACAUUUUUAAAUGAUAACGAACAAGAAAGAAUGGUCGAGAUUCGACAAAUUGCGUGUGCAGCACAUACUCUGCAGUUGUGUAUUAAAGAUGUGCUAAAAAAUGACUAUGAGACCUUAAUUGAAAAGUGUCGUAAUGUUGUGAGAAUUCUACGUCGUCCACUUAUGAAACUAAAAAUAAAAUUGGAAAAAUUUAAAAAGCCUAUUCUUGACUGCACCACUAGGUGGUUCUCUACGUACUAUAUGCUAGAAAGAUUAAAAGAACUCAAGACAUUUUGCGACAGCUGCAACGAUAUCUGCGAAAUAAUUUCGGAAAAUGAGUGGAUCAAAAUAAACCAUAUAAUCAUUUCAUUAGAACCAUCUAAAGAAGCUACUGUUAGACUGCAAGCGGAACAACUAACUGUUGGCGAUUUCUUCUCCAUUUGGACAAUUUGUAAGGCAAAAACCGAAAAAAUUAAUUUACCUUUGGCACAAGAUGUAGUGGUAUCUAUGACAAGGCGAGAAAAAAAUUUAUUAGAAGGUAAAGCAUUUUUACUGGGAAUUUUUCUGGAUCCUCGAUUAAAGUUAAUCUUAUCUGAAGACGAGAGACAGACUGCGAAAUGCUACAUUAGAGGUGUUCACCAACAGAUGCUUGAAGUGGAAAAACGUGCACAGGCAAUAACUCGGGAGGAAGAACAAGCUGCCACAUCAAAUUCGCUUCUAUCUCCAGGUUGUUCACGUGACCUUACGUCUUUGAGUAAUAUAUCAAGCGACAGUUUUCAAAGUGAUCUGCAAAGUUUAGAAGACAUUUUAAGCCUUACUCAAAGAGUACGUGCACCAUUAGAUACCAUUUCGUUAGAUCUAGAUUAUUAUCUUUCUGAAUAUUUAGCUGCACCACGACUUGCUGUUACGGAAAGCUCCAUUGAGUAUUGGUCUUUAAAAUCACACAGGCUUGCAAAGUUAGCACUUAUAGCAUUGGCUGCUCCGAUUACACAGGUAACAGUGGAAAGACUUUUUUCUGUACUUAAAUUCAUUUUGACCCCAUCCAGGAACAGAUUACUGGAUGAAACAUUAAAAAAUAUAAUUUUAAUAAAAUCAAACAAAGAUUUACUUGAGUAAUUAUUCAUCAAGUCGUUCUAUAUGCCUACGGUACGGUUAAAACGGGCUGCAUAAAAUAUUUUCAUUCCCAGUUUUAAAAUUUAAUAAAACUAAGAAUCAGUAGCAAAGGAGUUAGUGUGAAAAUUAUAAAACAAAUCUUAGGAUCUGAUAGAUAAAUCAUUGGUCGUUAGGUACUAUAAUUUUGUUGUGUCAUAAUGAAGUUGAUUCAUAUUUUCUUAAUUUUUUAUCGAGUAAUACUAAAUUUAAUAGGAUGGUAUAAAAGCGGUGCAAAUUCUAAAGUGUUUAAUCUGAUAUGCCGUUGAUUGUACAGGGUUAUUACAAAUCAAAAAUAGCGAUCAAUUGCUAAUAAACUGAAUGAGCACAUUUUAUGCACAAUUGGUACUCUUGGUGAUGACGAUUUUGGAUAGGCGAUUUUUUUUUAAUU